AGUGCCCAUGCGACUUGCUUGGCGCACCGGCUCACUCGACAAGAAACAACGCAUUAUGGCCUCGCUGUAAGCCCGUGGAAACGUCCGUUCUGUAUAUACCCAACCGGCAAUCCGUCACCAUCGGCGCCUUGAUCAUGGACCUCCAGUCCAGAGGCUUUGUCCAGGGGUAUCGAAGUGACCAAUAGUACUCCUGAAGUCCUAUAUUAUUUGAUUUUGUGUACUGUCACUUUUGCACGUUCCGGGGAUUUAAAUAGCAAGUGACAGCGGUAGCGCCAUCCCCAUCUGCCGGCUAGCUACCUAGCUUGCUAAAUCACAAGUUUAAGAAGGGCGUCCUCUUUUUCAAGGAAAGGGGUAAAGGAAAACACCCCAUUGCUUUUAACGGGAAGAUAGUGCACCGUUGACCGGUUCCCCCCUUCGAACCACUAAAGCAUAAAUUCCUGGUACUCUGCGAAGACAGAGCAAGCCUGAUGCAGACCCACAAAAGCACAUGAAAUGAAUAAACCACCGCAGCCUAUAACAGGACCCGUGUCUGUCCCCCACCCUGCCCCCUCCCCUGGACUCACACAGGCUGGCUAUGCCCCUGGACAGCCCCCUUCUCUCGUUUUUGCCAACCCGCCACUUCCACAAAUGAACCCUGCUCCGCAACCAAGACAGUUUGCGGCAGGGCCCCGUGCUUUACACCAACAGGGGGGAUACAGAGCACUACAGCCUUAUUAUCCAAACCGGCCGACGAUGCCCACCAGUGCCCCCAGGGUGCAGACCAGCAGUGGCCCGCGACCUGUGGGACCCACUCAUGUUUACCCUGCCGGCUCACAGAUGAUGAUGAUUCCCCAGCAGCAGAUCUCCUUUCCCGGCUCCCCGCAGGGCUAUUUCAUCCCCCCUGGCCAGUAUCGUCCUCAAUACAUGGCUCCCACCCAACAGUACCCUGUGACAGCCGGCACUGCAGGCUUCUUCCCUGGGACUAGCCCUGCCGAAUACCCUGGUUUUGAACCCUCUCAUGCUGCGCGGGAGAGGCGGGGCGGUGGGGGGAGAGGUGGCGGGCGUGAGAACGGUCGUCUCUCUCUCCAUGGCACUGCUCUCGCCCCCCAGCGCUACCCCGCUGGAGCGUACUAUCCAGCGCAGCCUCAGUUCACUCAGAGUGUCCAGCCUGCGCCGGUCAUAAUCAGUCCCGCCCAGCAACCGCAACAAGCCCCGCCUCCUCAGCAACCUCCAGCCCAGCCACAAGGCCCGCCUAAGAGGGAACGUAUACCGAUCAGAAUACGAGACCCUAACCAGGGUGGGAAGGACAUCACGGAAGAGAUCAUGUCAGGUGGAAGGGCCACUUCCACACCAACGCCACCACAGGCCUCAUCAGAUAGUCCUGUCCUGAAUGGUGACGUUACACAGACUAUUGUUUCAGGAACUGAUGAAAGUACGGAAUCUGCUGCCAGCGUUGAAACUCCACCUCCAGCCUCCGCCAGCCCCGUCCCAGAGGUCCCACUGGAGACGGUGACCCCGGAGCUAGUGCCGGCUGAACCCCUCACGAAGCCGGCGGUGGCCGCCGCAGUCGAGGCCGCCCCUCCAUUGAUAGAGGAGCAAAAGCAGCAGCAGCCCCCCGCUCCCGCUGUGCUGCCUCCACCAUCCCCCCCGCCGGCUGCAGAACCCGAGCCAGAGGCCGAGGUCAGCGACACGGUCGACGCCCCUGUUCCCCCGCCGGCCGCGUCGGCAGCCAAACGCGGAGGGGCCAGCCCCGUCGCUCCGCCCGCCGCCGAGAGGACGCCGGAGAAGAAGGAGGAGAAACCUGAGGUGGCGAAGAAGUCUGAACCGGAGAAGUCGACCGUUGCCAAGCUGAAGAAGGAGCCCGCUGCUGGGCCCCCGGCGCCGGUGACCCCUUCCAGCGCGACCGCCGUCGAGGCUGCGGUCGUCCCCCCGGUGAAGGCCUCGAGCGCUCCCCCGGUGAAGGCCUCGAGCGCUCCCCCGGUGAAGGCCGCGGUCGUCCCCCCGGUGAAGGCCUCGAGCGCCCCCCCGGUGAAGGCCUCGAGCGCCCCCCCGAUGAAGGCCGCGGUCCCCCCCCCGGUGAAGGCCGCGGUCGUCCCCCCGGUGAAGGCAGCGGUGGUCGUCCCCCCGGUGAAGGCAGCGGUGGUCGUCCCCCCGGUGAAGGCAGCGGUGGUCGUCCCCCCGGUGAAGGCAGCGGUGGUCGUCCCCCCGGUGAAGGCAGCGGUGGUCGUCCCCCCGGUGAAGGCUGCGGUGGUCGUCCCCCCGGUGAAAGCUGCGGUCGUCCCCCCGGUGGAGGCUGCGGUCCCCCCCCCGGUGAAGGCUGCGGUCCCCCCCCCGGUGAAGGCUGCGGUGGUCGUCCCCCCGGUGGAGGCUGCGGUGGUCCCCCCGGUGAAGGCUGCGGUCAUCCCCCCCCCCGAGGUGAAGGCUGCGGUCAUCCCCCCGGUGAAGGCUGCGAAAGCUGCCCCCGAGCCUGCGUUGGAGCCCCAGGCCUCUACGGAGGAGGCCGCGGCCCCCCCCAGCGAGCUGCCCGCCGCCCAAGCGGAGACGCCUCUCUCCAACGGCCUGGCUCAGGGAGCCGACGAGGCCUCCGAGGACCUGACUCCCGAAGUCGCCAAGCCUGUGAGCUGUCAGCCUCCGGAAGCCUCUGUGGCAGACCCUGCCCAGGAGAAAGAGGCGGAGGAGGAGGAGGAGGUGGAGGAGUUGACGACGGAACUGACAGAGGAAGCCUCUGCCGCUCUCCCCGCCAAGGAUUCUACUAUGCAAGCCGCCAUGUCUGUGCCAAAGAAGAAGAGAAACAUGAAGGAGCUAAACAAAAAGGCCACUGGAGACCUCCUGGAUGCCUUCAAAGAGGAACAGGCGGCCACACCGGUCCCUGAGCCCUCACCAGUUCAGGCUGAGCCAGCCGCGGCUGCCCCUGCUGCUGCUGAGAAGCCUGCGUCAGAGGCUGUUGAUGAGACCUGGGAGGAGAAGGAGGACAAGCAGAACCCAAAGCCAGUUGUGCCCAAAACUGAGCCAGCUGAGCAGAAGUACCAGUACAAAGAAGAGAACUGGAAGCCCAUCAACCCAGAGGACAAGAAGCAGUACGACAGGGUCUUCCUUCUGGGCUGCCAGUUCAUCACUGCCAGCAUGCACAAACCUGAAGGUCUGCCGCUCAUCAACGAAGUGAUCCUGGACAAGGCCAAUGCGACACCAAUGCGCCCUGCAGACCCGGCCCGCGUGAUGAACGUUGGACCCGACUUUACCCCCUCAUACCUGGGUAACCUUGGCAGUAGGCAGUCGACGGGAGGACCGGGACCCGGACCACGAGGCCCGCCUCCCGGCCCGCGCCGCUCCCAGCAGGGCCAGCGGAAGGAGCCCAGGAAGAUCAUCAUCACCAGCAUGUCUCUGAACAACGAGGUGCAGCUCAACAAGGCGGAGAAGGCCUGGAAGCCCGGCGUGAAGAAGGCCGUCGGCGGCCGCGGCGCGGAGGAGGGCGCGGAGGAGGACGACCCCGAGGAGGUCAAGACCCAGGAGCUGUUCAAGCGCGUGCGCAGCGUGCUCAACAAGCUGACGCCGCAGAUGUUCCAGGCGCUGAUGAAGCAGGUGACGGACAUGUCCAUCGACACGGAGGCCAGGCUGAAGGGUGUCAUCGACCUCAUCUUCGAGAAGGCCAUCUCGGAGCCCAACUUCUCGGUGGCCUACGCCAACAUGUGCCGGUGCCUUAUGGGGCUGAAAGUCCCCACCACAGAUAAUCCAGAGGCCACUGUCAACUUCAGAAAGCUCCUGCUCAACCGCUGCCAAAAAGAGUUUGAAAAGGACCAAGACGACGACGUUAUCUUUGAGAAGAAGCAGAAGGAGUUGGAGGCAUCUAAAGACGACGAAGAGCGUGACCGCCUGAAGGUGGAGCUGCAGGCUUCCAAAGACAAGGCUCGCCGUCGGUCACUGGGCAACAUCAAGUUCAUCGGUGAGCUGUUCAAGCUGAAGAUGCUCACCGAGGCCAUCAUGCACGACUGUGUCGUGAAGCUGCUGAAGAAUCACGACGAAGAGUCUCUGGAGUGCCUCUGCAGGCUUCUCGCCACCAUCGGCAAAGACCUGGACUUUGAGAAGGCCAAGCCCCGCAUGGAGCAGUACUUCGCCCAGUUGGACAAAAUCAUCAAGGAGCGAAAGACCUCCUCCAGAAUCCGCUUCAUGCUGCUGGAUGUCAUUGACCUCCGAAGGUGCAAGUGGGUGCCUCGCAGAGGGGAGCAGGGCCCCAAGACCAUCGAGCAGAUCCACAAGGAUGCUGAGGCAGAAGAGCACAGGGAGCAGAUCAAGGUCCAGCAGCAGAUGCUUUCCAAGAAGGAUGGAGGAGGAGGAGGAGGCGGCGGUGGUGGAGGCCGGAUGGGAGGCGGUGGCGGCGGCGGCAAUAUGGGAGGCCGAGGACACCAUGCACAGGGAGGCGGCCGUGGGAGUCAGGUCCAGGACGAGGGCUGGAACACGGUGCCCAUCUCCAAGGGCAACAGACCCAUCGACACGACCCGCUUCAGCAAGAUCAUCAACAAGCCCGGCGCUCAGGACGUUGACGACCAGCGGUUGGCCCCCGGGGGGAGAGGUUUCGGUAACUGGACCAAGGGCAGCAGUGGCGGGACGGGGUCGAAAGCCCCUGGCGCAGAGCAGGAGUCCGGUCGCCCGGCCACCAGCACUGUGAACCGCUUCUCGGCCCUGCAGCAGUCUGGCCCGCCGUCAGGCGACGCCGACCGCAGAGUUCCUCAAAGGUCGAGCUCAAGCCGCGACCGCGGCGGGGAGAGGGACAGAAACGACCGGGGCUUUGACCGCUUCGAGCGCCGGGAGGGACGCGACGGUGGCGGCCGGCCGACCGUCACCAAGCGCAGCUUCAGCCGCGAGUCGCAGGAGCGCGGCGGCGACGGCCGGGGGCCCACGGAGCCCGUGCGUCGCGUGUCCAGCAUGACCGACGACCGGGUCAGGCGGGACCGGGCCGCCAGCAAGGAGCCUGCAGUGAAGCCUGGGCGUGACUCAACCCCUCCCCCCGCCGCCGCCUCCAAACCGGCCUUGAGCGAGGAGGAGAUGGAUAAGAAGUCCAACGCCAUCAUCGAGGAGUACAUCCACAUAAACGACUUGAAGGAGGCGCUGCAGUGCGUGUCCGAGAUGAACAGUGCCUCGCUGCUGUUUGUGUUCGUCCGGAACGGCGUGGAGUCGACGCUGGAGCGCAGCCCCCCGGCCAGGGCCCACCUGGGCCACCUGAUGCACCAGCUCAUCAAGGCUGGAACACUGCCCCCAGCGCAGUACUACAAAGGGCUUCAGGAGACCCUGGAGAUGGCCGAGGACAUGGCCAUAGACGUCCCUCACAUUUGGCAGUACUUGGCGGAGCAGAUCGUCCCGAUGCUGCAGGAGGGAGGGAUCCCCAUGGAGCAGCUCUUCAGGGAAAUCUCCAAGCCUCUAGUGCCUUUGGGAAUGGCCGGCGUUCUGCUGGCACAGAUUCUCACUUUGCUCUGCAAAGGAAUGACCCACAAAAAGGUCGGGGCCAUGUGGAACGAGGCGGGCCUGAACUGGAGCGAGUUCUUGUCCAAGGAUGUGGACGUCAACAAGUUUGUCACUGAGCAGCACCUGGAGUUCACGUUGGACACCGAGGGGUCUGAGGGGCCGGAGAAGAAGCCCCUGACCAACGAGGAGAUCAGCAAGCAGCUGGAAAGGCUCAUCCAGGACAAGGCCGAGAACCAGCGGAUCAUCGACUGGGUGGAGGCUAACUUGGACGCGCAGCAAUCCACCGGCAACUCGUUUGUGCGAGCGCUGAUGACGUCCGUGUGCCAGUCCGCCAUCAUUUGCGACAACCUCUACAAGGUGGACGGGAAGCAGAUCAGCGAGAGGGGAAGCCUGCUGCUGAAGUACCUGAGCGACGAGCCCAAAGAGCUCCAGGCUCUCUACGCCCUGCAGGCCCUCAUGGUGCACAUGGAGCAGCCUGCAAACCUGCUGCGGAUGUUCUUCGACAACCUGUACGACGAGGACGUCAUCAAAGAGGAGACCUUCUACAAGUGGGAGUCCAGCAAGGACCCCGCAGAGCAGACCGGCAAGGGUGUGGCGCUCAAGUCUGUCACCACCUUCUUCACCUGGCUCCGUGAGGCAGAGGAGGAGUCCGACAAAGAAUAAUGACCCGCCUCCACCCCCCCCCCCCCCCCUCCUGUCUUUGGCAGGGGGCGUGGGGGGGGGGGGGGUCGCUGGGAACCCGGUUACAGACUACACGGCCUACACAGGCGGACUUAAUCAAUCCUCAAUGAGGAUAUCUUUUUUUUUUUUUUUUCUUCGUGAGGGGGAGGACUGGUAAAAAAAAAAGAAAAAACAAUCAACUGUCUUUCCCGCUCCUUCUCUCUUGCUUCCCGUUCUCUGUUCACACCUGCUUGUGGCCCCGGCCCUAGAAUAACCACAUGAGAAACGAUGCAGCAGGAUUGCUUGUUAAAUUAUGCGUCGAAUGGCCUACGUCCGCUGCAUAAACAUUUUUGACAUUUGAGAAAGACACGUACAAACCAACACGCUGCUCUUUUUAUGGUUCUGGGGAAACGCUUUUCCUCAUCGUGUGAUCCAAGUGGUGACGGCGGGGGUGAAUCACUGAGCAUGUUGCAGGGGAACUUGGGUGUCAUGUGGUAACGUGUGUGGGUGUGUGAGAUAUCGAAAUGAACAGAGCUCUUAUGUCUUUUGUCCUUUACUGAAGUGUGCAGCAUGAUUGAAGUGUGUUUGUAUUAAUGAUGAUAAAGUGGGAGAUUUCCUAGAAAAAAUGUACCUUGCUGACUAACCAUAACUCACGUUCAUUUUUUUUUUUUGUUUUUAUUUAAUUUUAUAACCACCUCCUCUUUGCUGAGAUGGGACCUGUGAAGACAGAAUCUAAGGGACUCUGAGCCUGAGACUAGACUAUUGACUACUAGGGAUGAUCUCGAUGCUUCCUUUCAAGCCAUGCUGUCUCCCACCCCCUUGCAGUCAACCAACCCUAUCUGAGACCCGACUAAUCUUCCUCAGUACCUAACACGAGCUGGUCUCCCUACACUCAAGUCAGGGAGAACCCUGCAGAGGCAUACUUAAACCCCAUCCACGUUAAAACUUGAACACAUUGAAAGCAGAAAUUGACUUGACAAGAUAUAUAUAUAAAAAGAAAAAGGAAAAAAAAAAAACACAGAAGUGAUCCGAAAGCCUUUUCUGCUCUAAGUGGAAACACAUUUCAGGAGAGUUCUGUAAAUAUAUGAUUUUUUCUGUUAUAUUUUUCUGAAAUAUUGAAUAAAUUGCUAAUGAUGUAAUGCUACGUAUCCUUUUCCAGCAAAGAUGGCAGUUAUCCAGAUGCAAAGACGCUUUCGAUAAUCCAUUGAUUAGUUGUAUUGGGAUUUUUGUAAAUAUGUUUUUGCUUUCUUUAUUAUUUAAGGAAUUCUUUUUGCAUCGGUAACUGAAAGAUGAGGAAAUGGUGCAUUGCAAAUAAAGGAAUUAUCAAGUUGCA